CCCCUCUUUCUCUCUACUCUUCCUUUCUUCCUUUCUUCCUUUAUCAAUCAGUCAUCAUUCAGUUUCCCCAGAUAUAUCUUCGACCGAACUCACCAUGGCACAAUCACCUCUCCCCAAUACGUCAGCAGAAGGGAAAACCGAAAAUAACCAACCCAGGUAUCUCAGCAAACCCAGAAAACGCAAUAAAUAGUGCACCCACCAGCAACUCGCGUGGCGGUUCUAGAAUCCCCAAAACUUGGGGGAGGGCAGGCAGGCCCACGAGUUUGUUGGUCCAAGAUAAACCCGCAACCCAUAACCAUGGGGCGGCGGCCGCGUGUGGUGCCUGCCCUGCCCUGCCACCUGCCAGCAACCACCCAAUACCAGCCAGUAGCACUCGUAGUUACCCUACCGGCCAGCGGUGGAUGGGUGGUUUCCCAGCAUCCAGUACCAGCAAGCAGCGCGCACAUGGCAACAUUUAGCCUAUCGCUCGUGGGCCUAAGGGACUUUCCCACCAAGCUUUCUUUACAUGUUGGGAUGUGGUAAGGUACACUUCAGCCCAGAGCAAAGUACGGUACGGUACGGUGCCUAUUCCUCCGACCUCGCUCGCUCACGUUCAGCGCAUCUAUCUCCAUAGCUCUCUGCUCUCUGCUCUCCAGCGAUCCCAUCGUGGAGAUGUUCGUGCGAGUACCGCACUGUACCUUAUCUUACUCUUACCGUGCCGUCUUAUAUGUAUGUACUGUCAUGUCAUGCACGCAAUAACGUAACCAGUAGUUAGUUAGACCCUUUGCGUGCUCGGUAGGGGUGCAGUCGUUGCUCGUCGAUCUUUAUCCGCUUCGGGUAAUUUACCGGUUGAUCGAUUGCGUGUUGUGCAUUCGUGGGUAGGUGGAAGUGAUGUUGGGGAGC